UCCUUCCAACAAGGCGUGGGAGGUCGGUAUCCCACCGCGCGUUGCUUUGCGUUGCGUGGGAGCCCGAGACUGCCCUUCCUCUCUCUUUCGCUCUCGGCGACGUAUUAUGAUUCCAUUUUGGAGGCGGAAGGCCAGAAACGACAGAGAGGGAGGGAGGUAGCGGCCGUGACCACAAAAGCAUCUUCCGACUCCUUCCCCUCCCUCCACCUCUUUCUUCUUCUUCUUCUCCCGUAGUUUGUGCAACAUCACAUCGUCCCAAGAUCAAGCAAGCAUUGCGAUCAUCCAAUCUCGAGCGUUUUCCUUGUUUACGGGCAUUCCGCAUCUCGAUACCGGCGAACGAAGAUGACGGCGCUGCAGCUACGGAGUGCCAGCGUAUCCGUAGAAGUAGGAGGAGAAGAGAAUCGAAGGGGGUCUUCUUCUUUCUUCCAUGCUCUCGCCGGUAGCAAACUUAAGUCCUUUUCCUCCUCCGUCUCUUUUCGGAGGAGGCCGCCCUACGGGCGGCGGAGAGCCCAAGCCUCCGUCCUGACGAUGGCCUUGGCCGCUCAAGCACCAGCGCAUCCCGCCUGCCCGGAUCCUCUGUCACAGGGCCAUCAUCACGCAAUCAUCCCAGAAGACGACAAGAAGAACAAGCCAAAAUGGGAGGAAAAGGAGCCCGUCUCCCCCGAAAAGCUGGAUCAAUGGAUCAGGGAUUCCAUCGGAGAGAUCGUGAGAAACAUCGAAGAAGCCCCAUUCCUGGUGCAGAUCUUCUCGCGCGGCGGCGGCGGCGGCAGUGGAGGCGCUGGACGAGAGGGCGGCGUGAUACUGGAGCGCGAGGCGGCGUCGCCGGAGAGCUGGCCGUGCAUGAGGAAGCGGUGGAAUAAGGGGAGCCCCAAGCCCGAGGGGUUCAUCCUGGUGGAAAAGCUGGCCAUCGAGGAAGAGAUGGGAGCCGCCUCCGUCUCCACCCCUUGUGGUCCCAGGACGUGGGGGCUGCUGGUACAGGGAAGAGGGAUGGACUGCGCCUUGUGCUACAUUCUCAACACCACCCGAGUUCGGUCGUCGAUGGGGUUCUGCACCUACUUCUGUCUGAUGAAAGCCAAGUGCUUUGGAGAACCUGCGGAACUGCAGUUCAGGAGAGCUUGGCUGCGGAGCAGCAGGUAGCACCACCGGAUUGUGACAAGCCUACCCGCAUGCAUUCUUUAUUGGUCUAAGAUUCUUGCUGUUGAUGACAUUGGCCUUUCUUCCAUGAGAAAGAUUGGUUGGCUGGCACGGUUCUAUACUCCUGAUGAUUGAUUGAUAGCAAUUGGCAUAGUAAUGGAAGAAUAGGGUAGUUAGAUUUUCUUCGACGGAGCGAUAUCCCAUCCGUAAUCCGUUCUGCUGUGGCUGGCAGCAGAUCCGAUCUAUUUCACGAUAGUUUUGGAGUAGAAUAUUAAAAAUAUCAAGCUAAGCAAUGUUGCGUUAGUACGUAAUGCAUACAGUUUCCGAGUUGUGCUAGAUCCUUUAUGGUGCUUUUAAUCUUUCUGCUUGAGGUCAGCCGCUGAGAUAUGUGAUCGAGGUAAAAUCACCAUUCGAGUUUGGUCCGAAUAUCUAUAAAGAAAUCCUUAUCGGGG